AUGGCUGAUCAAGAGCGUUCAUAUUAUCCUGGUCGUGGCCUACCACCUUAUCUUCUAUGUCGACAAGGUGAUGAAUCAAGUAAAUACAGCGAUGGUGCUUCGCGAAUUUUUGCUUAUAGUCUUCCGACGAUAUCGGCGAAUGACACUAGUUAUUCUUCCAUUUCACGCGGUUCGGCCAGUGUCUCCUCGAGCAGCACAUGGUUGGAUGAUACUGAGUCUCAUACCACUUUCAACUCUUUAACAUCGAAUCCGUCGAUUCGUCGGGACAGUCAAUCAACUAUAAACUUCAAUCGUGAUCAUGAUGGGGAUGUUAAGAAAAACUAUGGAACUUCUGCAUCUGGUAUUGAUGUAUUAGCUAAUUCUAUGAUGUUGGCGUCCGGUUUCAUGACGAGCAAUAAUGGGUCUAUGAAUGAGUGUGGAAAAUAUGAUUUUGAUCCUGAAUGUUGCACUGUUCCUGAGCAUAUGUUUCCACAUUAUGUGCCUUAUCACCUUGAUGAUGAAGAAGUGCAGCGAAGAGACGAAUCUCCAGGUUAA